AUGGGGCGGAAAAGAGGGCCCUUCUCUCCUGUCUCCUGGGAAGCCUUGCUCCUCUUCCUCGGCAUCUUCUGGAUGGGUCCCCAGCCGGUCACACCUGAAGUCUGUGACAGUUUGGACAUCCGCGUAGACGUCUCCCAGCUUCGGCGUCUGGAGAACUGCACCAUCAUUGAGGGCAACUUACAGAUCCUGUUGAUGUUCACCAGCAGAAGCGAGGACUUCGAGCCUCUCAGCUUCCCCCGCCUGGUCAUGAUCACAGAGUACCUGCUCCUCUUCCGGGUCUAUGGGCUGGAGAGCCUGCGGGACCUCUUCCCCAACCUGGCGGUCAUCCGAGGCACCAGCCUCUUCUUCAACUACGCCUUGGUCAUCUUUGAGAUGCCUCACCUGCGCGACAUCGGCCUCUUCAGCCUGACCAACGUCUUGAACGGCUCGGUGCGCAUCGAGCGCAACCAGGAGCUCUGCCACAUCUCCACCAUCGACUGGAGCCUCCUGCAACCCCUUCACUCCCUGGAACACAACAUCAUCCUGCACAACAAGCCCGUGGAGGAGUGUGCCGACGUGUGUCCGGGCAUGUUGGGCGUGGAGAAGCCCUGCAUCCAGACCCAGAAGGGCCUUACUGGGCAGAUGGAAUAUCGCUGCUGGACCUCCAGCAACUGCCAGAAAGUGUGUCCCUGCAAAGUGGGAGGAAGCAGCAGAGGGGUCAUGGAUGCCAGUGAUACGGCCGCAGCCGCGUGCACCAGCAGUGGUGAGUGCUGCAAUCCAGAGUGCUUGGGAGGCUGCAGCCGGGCCCGGGACCACCGUGCCUGUGUGGCCUGCCGCCACUUCGAACUCAACGGACGCUGCCUGCGCUCCUGCCCGGAGCUCACGUAUCAGUAUGAGGGCUGGCGUUGUGUGACCGCUGAGCACUGCGCCAGCCUGCAUAAGGUGUCCGAGAACCCCCGCGACUCCUCCCGGUUCGUCAUCCACCAAGGACAGUGUCUGUCCGAGUGCCCGUCCGGCUACAAGAGGAAUGAUAGCAGCAUCUUCUGCCACAAGUGUGAAGGCCUCUGCCCCAAGGAGUGCAAAGUGGGCACCAAGACCAUUGACUCCACCCGGGCGGCCAGGGACUUGACAGGCUGCACCUUGGUCGAGGGCAAUCUGAUCAUCAAUAUCCGUCGCGCGGACAACCUGGCUUCUGACCUUCAGGGCAGCCUGGGCCUCAUUGAGACCAUCACAGGAUUCCUGAAGAUCAAGCAUUCCUUCGCCCUGAUCUCCCUCUCCUUCUUCAAGAACCUCCGUCUGAUCCGUGGAGACUCCAUGGUGGACGGAAACUAUACGCUGUAUGUGCUAGACAACCAGAACCUCCAGCAGCUCUGGGACUGGAGCCGCCACACUUUGUUCAUCCCGGCUGGCAAGAUGUAUUUUGCCUUCAACCCCCGGCUCUGCCUCUCUGAGAUCUACCAGAUGGAGGAGAUCACCGGCACAAAGGGCAGGCAAAACAAGGCAGAGAUUAACCCCCGGACCAAUGGGGACAGAGCCUCCUGCAAGACCCAAACUCUGCGCUUUGUCUCCAACGCCACGGAAUCGGACCGCAUUGUCCUCAAAUGGGAACGUUACCAGCCGCCUGAGUACCGGGAUCUUCUGAGUUUCAUUGUCUACUACAAGGAGUCACCCUUCCAGAAUGUGACAGAGUACAUUGGUCAGGAUGCCUGCGGGGCCAACAGCUGGAAUGUGGUAGAUGUGGAUCUUCCUUUGAACAAUGACCAGGAACCUGGGGUGAUUCUUCAGAACCUCAAGCCAUGGACCCAAUACGCCAUCUUUGUGCGGGCCAUCACUCUCACCACCGCUGAAGAGGGGAGGAACUAUGGGGCCCAGAGCAAGGUGGUCUACAUACGCACCAUGCCUGCAGCUCCAACCGUACCACGGGAUGUUAUCUCCAUGUCUAACUCUUCGUCACAUCUGAUUGUGCGGUGGAAGCCACCCACGCAGCCCAAUGGCAACCUCACCUACUAUCUGGUCUUGUGGCAGCAGUUGGCAGAAGACUCGGAGCUAUUUGUCAAUGACUAUUGCCACAAAGGUCUCAGGCUGCCCACCAGCAGUGCAGACACCCGCUUUGACAUGGACAAUGGCGAAGGCCGCGAGGAUGUGGAAGAUGAGCAGUGCUGCCCGUGUCACAGCCCCGUCGGGCAGGCCCAGCUGGGAGGCGAAAUCGUCUCUUUCCAGAAGAAGUUUGAAAACUUUCUCCGCAACUCCAUCAUCAUUCCCAGGCCUCCGUGGAAAGUUACAUCCAUUAACAAGGUCUCUCACAGGAUCCCCAAAAGGCGCAGAGAUGCUGCAUCUGCCCCGGCGGCUGGCCAUCUCUUUGCCAACCCUUCCUCUCCAGAGGUCUCGCGCAAGACAGCUGCCCCCAAUGCCACAGAGACCGACCCCCAGGGCCAGAAGGACUUCCGCAUCUCUGAGGACAAAGUGGUGAGGGAGCGGACAGCCAUUGCCAACCUCCGCCAUUUUACUGAGUAUCGCAUUGACAUCCACGCCUGCAACCACGCUGCCCAGACUGUCGGCUGCAGUGCUGCCACCUUUGUCUUUGCCAGGACCAUGCCGGAACCUCAAGCAGACAACAUUCCUGGCAACAUGACCUGGGAGCCGGCUGGCAAGAACAGUGUCCUCCUUCGCUGGCAGGAACCCCAAAACCCCAAUGGGCUGGUCCUGAAGUACGAGAUCAAAUAUAGUCGGGAGAGUGAGAAGGUCGUGUCCGUUGUGUGUGUCUCCCGCCUCCGCUAUGCCCGGUAUGGGGGCUAUCACCUCGUCCUCCUCCAGCCAGGAAAUUACUCCGCUAAGGUGCGCGCCACAUCGCUGGCAGGGAAUGGGUCAUGGACAGGACUCAUCAAGUUUUACAUCCUUGGGCCAGGAGAAGAAGAGGAGACUGGGAAUGUCUAUGUGCUCCUGAUACUGAUGCCAGUUGUCUUGAUGGUGGGGAUUGCGUGCUUGGCCAUCUUCGUCUUCUUGUACAACAAGAAAAGGAGCACUGAGGGGUACCCCAGCGGGACACUGUAUGCCUCCGUCAACCCGGAGUAUUUCAGCACUUCAAACAUGUACAUCCCUGACGAGUGGGAAGUUCCCCGGGAGAAGAUCACGGUGCUUCGGGAACUGGGCCAGGGCUCCUUUGGGAUGGUCUACGAGGGGAUUGCGAGGGACAUCGAGGGAGAAGGCCAGGAAACCCGGGUGGCACUCAAGACGGUCAAUGAGUUGGCCACCAUGCGGGAGCGGAUCGAGUUCCUGAAAGAGGCCUCCGUCAUGAAAGCCUUCAGGUGCCACCAUGUGGUCCGGCUCCUUGGUGUGGUUUCCCAGGGCCAGCCCGCCUUGGUCAUCAUGGAGCUGAUGAUGCGGGGGGACCUCAAGAGCUUUCUUCGUUCUCUCCGGCCAGAAGCCGAGAACAAUCCCGGCUUGCCUCCCCCUUCACUGAAGGAGAUGAUCCAGAUGGCUGGCGAGAUUGCCGACGGCAUGGCCUAUCUGAAUGCCAAGAAGUUUGUCCACAGGGACCUGGCGGCCCGCAACUGCAUGGUCUCAGAGGACUUCACAGUCAAGAUUGGAGAUUUUGGGAUGACCAGGGACAUCUACGAGACGGAUUAUUACCGCAAGUCGGGAAAAGGUUUGCUGCCCGUUCGCUGGAUGUCCCCAGAAGCCCUGAAAGAUGGCCUCUUCAACACUCACUCGGACAUCUGGUCCUUUGGGGUGGUGCUGUGGGAGAUUGCGACGCUGGCCGAGCAGCCCUACCAGGGCAUGUCCAACGAGCAGGUGCUACACUUUGUGAUGGACAACGGCGUCCUGGAGAAGCCAGAGAACUGCCCGGAGAAGCUUCACGAGCUGAUGACGUGGUGCUGGCGGCAAAAUCCCCGUCUUCGGCCCUCCUUCAUCCAGAUUUUGGAGAGCAUCAAGGAGGACAUGAGCAGCAGCUUCCGCACCCACUCCUUUUUCUACAGCCUGGAGAACAAGCGCUGCAGCUCCUGGGAAGGCUUGGAUGCAGAGACAGAUCAGCUGCUGGUGGCCGAUGCAUCCGUGCCGGAGACGCCAACGUCCCCUGUUCCCAACGGCAGCCCCCUCCUCUCUCUGGGCCCCUACAUGGAGCAGGGUCAGCCAACCAAAUGCAGCCCCCAACCCAAUGGGAAGCCCAGCCUUUGAGCUGCAGGGCCCUCCAUCCCUGGCUAGACUGGUUAGACUGUCUGUUGUCCUCUUGGAUCCAACCAGAGUGAGGACAACAUGGGGCAUUUCAUGGGCGAAGGAUGGGGAGAUCCUCCUCAGAACAGCAGUAGCAGCAUGAGAACUGGAGACGUUGCUCCUCCAUCCUGUCCUUUUCCCCUUCAAGACAUAGCCGCCAGGAGAAGGUCUCUCUUUCUCUCUCGCACAUACGAGGGUUGAAUGAAAAGUAAUGCCUCCACCUUUGUAACUCCUCAACAGAUGCCAGUACUGGUAUGCGGCAGGUACUGGCUUAUUCUGUAGA